CUCUUCCGAGACACCUUGUAGUUUGGGCCGGGCACCGAGCGUCCGUCGAUGAAUACGUCUGCGUGUUUUCAGCAUGGAAACUCGGCACUGCACGAGGCAUCAUGGCGUGGUUACAGUCGGACCGUGGCGGUUCUGGCGAAGGCCCUCGGGACCCAACGGGCCCCACUGCACGCCAGGAAUCUCGCCGGAUUUGCACCGCUUCACCUUGCCUGUCAAAACGGCCAUAAUCAAAGCUGUCGAGAGCUCCUCCUAGCCGGCAGCAAUCCCGAUCUUCAGAACAACUAUGGCGAUACUCCGCUUCAUACUUCGGCACGUUAUGGCCAUGCCGGCGUAAUGCGUAUACUAAUCUCAGCUCUGUGCAAGGUGUCAGAUCAAAACAAAAAUGGUGACACCGCUUUGCACAUAGCGGCAGCUAUGGGUCGCCGGAAAUUGACGCGCAUUCUCCUGGAAGCCGGUUGCGAUCGAAGUCUGCGGAAUAAACAAGGUGAAACGGCGAAGGAUAUUGCCCGUCGUAAGAAUCAUGCCGAAAUCUUGGAAAUUAUUUCCAAGGCACGCGGUAAAAGCCGGACGCGCAGCAAAAGCCGCGAGGGCGACUCGAUAGAUGGCAAAAUAGGCGACGGUAAGGCAAUGAAGUCGGAUAAAAAGCGAGAAAAGACCGGAAGUGGCACCGGGAGCGGUGGCGGCGGGAGCAGCUCGAAGAAAGACCGGAAGAAGUAUAAAUCCAACAGCAAGCAGCACAAAGUCCGGUUUGAAAAAGCUAUCAUGGGCCGGCAAUGGUCGCCCUAUGGCUGCCAUUACUAUCCGGAUCCGGAAGCGUUCCCUCAACCUCGUCUAGAUUCGCUGCCCUCUGACCCUUUAGGGCGGGGAGAGCAGUACUAUUUGGAUCUGGCGGGUAAUAUCAGAAAGGGUCCAGUCGGCGUCGGAUAUACGUGUUAUUGCGCCCCAUUUUUCCGACAUAUGGAAGCGAAGCUGGAACGGGACAAGGCCGAGUUGAAAGCACACAUCGAUCAGGCUCACGAGAAGCUGGACCUGAAAGUGGCCAAUCUGGAGAGGAGGACCAGGGGACAAAUCUCGGAGCUGACUAGGUGCGUUCAGGAGGAGCGCUCCAGGUGCGACGAGAGGUAUUCGCAUCUUCAGCAACGUCUGCAACGAGGUGGGAGAGGUAGAUAUAGCGAGAGACCAGCGAAAACCAAUUACAAUCAGUCGGAGGUGGUACUACCGACGAGAACAAGAUCGCUGGAGGAUCUGUUGGAUGACCGACCGCAGGAUCGCAGCUUCGAGAUUCCCGGAGAAACGCCAGUUCAUCGUGGAAGUCUAGAUGAUCUCGAUAUACCGGCUAUACCUAGACUCAGUACGUCCAUGAGAGACCUGCCUUCGGGAUCUGGAGUAGUUAAAUCAGCGCUCAGAGUGCUGGACAUCCCACCGAAAUUGAACGAAACGUUCGACGGAGCCAUCAGGCACGGUGGAACCUCGUCCUUAGACAUAGCGCCGACAGACUCAGUUCCUGUGAAGGGGAGACGUCAACAAAGAAGUUGCGUGUCGUAUGAAAUGCACGGCAUGAACAUGUCCGUGGAUGAAAAUAAGAUCCAGAAGAUUAGCGACGGGAAUAUGACGGAGUGGAACGGUCGCCGCAGCGUCCACGAGAUGAUCAAGCGGUUUCAGCAAGUACCUGAUAUGCAUAAUGGUUGGCGAAGAAUUCACUCCGGAGGCAGUGAACAGGCCGGUCUGGAUGAACAUACCAAGUGCUCGCAAAAUCAGAGGGUACAUUCUCAAGAUAACGAAAGCGAGAGCAGCGAAGGGGAAGAUGACGACGUUGAACAAUCGAAAACGUACAAAGAGAUGAACUGUAGGAAGGCCAUUUCCAAAGACGUGCCUUACGACAGUAUCGCGAGAAUGCCGUACAGAUCACGUAACCCUGUGUACAGUCCGACACCGCCUCUGCACGACACCCAUAAUGAUUCUGGAUACAGCACCCGCAUGUACGGUUCUAGCAAAGGCGCGUCGCCCUCGUUGUCAGGUCAACUGGAAUGUGACGUGAUCUUGUCACCUUCGACAGGAUCAUUCACGAGUGGGGAACAACUCGCUGCCUUAUUGGAACAACCAAGGCGACACGAUCUAACGGUUUACGAGCGAAAUGCCGACAACGUCGUCAUUAAUAUCGGUACUGCCAGUUUGGUUUAGAUGAGAGACUGUUAUAGCUUCAAUCGAAAGGAACGUAACUUUUGAAACAUUAGUUGUACGCGUCACACUGUACAUAAUGCAUAACGCCGUUCCAGAAAUGUUGAAGUAAUGAUAUCGUUUUACUGUUAAUAUCGACACUAUAUGAGUGUCAUAUCCGUUCGCGUUGCCAUGACAUAUUAUUCCACAAAAAUAAAAAUAAACGCUAAACAAAGAGCAAUAAUAUUUAUUGUUUGUAUAUUAUAUAUGCAAAUUGUACAUGUAUAGGUAGAUAUAUGUAUGAGUGAUUAUUAAAACAAUUGAGAAAAUUAACUUGAUUGCUGCUGCAGGUCAUUCUUCCUAGAAUCUGCAAGUUUUUACUAAAGUCCUUACACACGUAGUUUACUGUAAAUUAUAACAAAACAAAUUAUAAAUAUUAAUUAUUUAUCGAGGCGUUAAUAUAACAUUUUCACUAAUAAUGUAACUAAUUCACAAUUAUUAUUUUAGAAUUUUCAAUCAAUGCAAACACUAAUUAAUUAGCAGUGACAUAAGUCGGAAUUGAAACAGAAGUAUUUAUGUAUUGUAAUAAAAUGGGUAUACAAAGUUUAAUAACAAAAAACGAAUAAUAAUGAGAUGAGAUUACAAAUAUUCACGCAAUAGAUAAAAUAUUUAAAAAUAUUUACGAAU